UCUGGGGCUCGUGGUUUCUUCGGAGAUGUCUUGGGUUCGAGCGGUUCCCGAGGUCCCGAGCCCUGGAGAUCAGGAUGUGUUUGAUGAGGAAGCGGACGAGACUCUGUUAGUGCAGCGUGAAUGGCAGGGACACAUGCGGAGACGAAUCCAAGAAGGUUACAGAGAUGGAGUAGAUGCCGGCAAAGCAGUUACUCUUCAACAGGGCUUCAAUCAAGGAUAUAAAGAAGGGGCAGAAGUCAUUAUAAACUAUGGACUACUCAGGGGAACACUGAGUGCUUUGCUCUCCUGGUGUCACCUUCACAGUAAUAGUUCAACUUUGAUCAGUAAAAUAAAUAACCUUCUGGAUGCAGUCAGCCAGUGUGAAGAGUGUGUGCUUAAACGUCUGCAAUCAGUCACUCCACAGCCCCAAGUUACAGAUUUAUUGGACUCCAUUGAGGAUAUGGACCUUUGUCAUGUAGCUCCAGCUGAGAAAAAGAUUGAUGAAGCUAAAGAUGAGAGACUCUGUGAAAAUAGUGCAGAGUUUAACAAAAGCUCCGACAAGAGUCCUAGCGGGAAAGAUUGUUCCCCUUCAGACUGCUGCACAACACAGGAGCAUGCGCAUCUGGAAAAACCAAGCCUCAGUUGGAUUCUGGAACAGACGGCCAACUUAGUGAAACAGUUGGGACUAUCGGUAGACGUGCUGCAACACCUCAGACAAUUAUAAGAUUGUCUCCCUUCUGUAGUGGGAGGAAGUUCAUCAGAGCGAUGUGUGUCUACAUAAGAUGACCAUUGGUUGAACAGCUCACCUCUAGUUACACCUGUGGGAUUAUGAGGGGUCUUCAGUGUUAACACUAGUAAAUGGAACAUAAGCCAUUAUCUUUAUUAUUGGUAACUUUUUAAAUUUUUAGAUAUAUUCAAAAAUCCUCAUUGUCAUUUUCAAAUUUCUAAGACUAGCAAAACCCAGGAACAAGGGGAAAAAAAUCCAAUGCUGCUUUCUACUUCUGUAUCGGGUGACAAUUUAGGGCCUCGUCACCAGCAACCAAACCAGAGUUGCCGAAAUAACCUAAGGGUUACGUAGAUAUAUAGAAGUAGAUGUGUAGUUAGCUAUACAGUAAAGUCAAGAGACCAGAGAAACUGACACUAUUGAUAUCAUUGAAUGAAUAAUCAAAAUAUUAAAAUUUACCUUGUUUA